CAGCCCCAGAGACAAGACAGCACUUCAUAGAAUUUUAAAUAUUCACAUGAAAAUGUUAUUGCAAAUUCUCAUAUUUUUAGUGUGUCAAGGUGUUUUUCUCGAGCUGAGGUCAACCUGUGGGAUGACGGUAAAGAAGGAAAUUGUGCAACAGCGCAUAAAUCCUUACACUCAGCACCUGCAUUCACUCCUACGAGAGCCGCCAUUGAGGGCAACGGAGAAUUCGCUACAAAAAGAUUUGGUGCAGGAAUUGUGGUUGGAGCAAAAGUUGGAUCACUUUGAUGCAACGAAUAACCGAACUUGGUUGAUGCGUUAUUUACGCAACGAUCGUUACCAACAGCCCCCACAUGGACCCAUAUAUAUAUUUGUGGGUGGUGAGUGGGAAAUCUCUCCAGCUUAUCUGCUGACAGGACAUCUGCAUGACAUAGCCAGACAGCAUGGUGGUGUGCUCUAUUAUGUGGAGCAUCGUUUCUAUGGACAAAGUUGGCCUGCGGUUGAUGCCGCAGUGGAAAAUUUGAGAUAUUUAAGCGCCCGCCAGGCUUUGGCUGAUUUAGCGCAUUUUAUACGUCAGCUGAAGGCCAAUGAAGUCGGUUUGGCACACACAAAAGUCAUACUAGCAGGUGCCUCUUAUUCUGGCAGCUUGGUGGCUUGGUUCGCUAAAUUAUAUCCGGAUUUAAUAAGCGCUGGUUGGGCGUCGAGUGCUCCGUUAGUGGCAAAAAUGGAUUUUCGUGAAUACAUGCAGCAAGUUGGCGAAGUUGUUGAGCAUCGUGGUGGGCGUCAGUGUUCUGGACGACUUGAAAGCGGUCUUAUCAGUAUGGCCACACAACUGGAGUCCUCCAAUGCGAGUCAACUGCUGCAGGCUUUACGCGUAUGCAAUAACUUCGAGCCAACAAAUCCGCUGGAUCGGGCUGCACUCUUCAAUGGCAUUGGGAAUUAUUUCGCCGCGUACGCACAACUAUAUGAUGACCAAAUCGCCAGCAUUUGUGCGCCAUUAAUUACGCCAACAGAUUAUGACGAUUCGACGGCCUUCAUUCAAUUUGUGAGGCGCAUAUUUUGGCCAGAGGCGGAGAGUGUCAAAUACGCUGAAGACUGGUGCAUCGAUUUGUCUUAUGAAGGCAUGAAGUCUAUAUUUACAGACACAACGGAACUGUUAAGCGGCACACGGCAAUGGUUCUAUCAGAGCUGCCACGAAUUUGGUUGGUUCAUCACUACCACAAGUGGCAGACAAAACGCCCGCCCAAAGGACAUCCGUCAGAUGCCAACAACACGCCGCCACGCACAGUGGUCUCCACUGCAAUACUCAUUUGGCCGCCAAGUGUCACUCAAUUAUUUUCAACAACUUUGUCGCGUUGUCUUUGAUCCGCACUCGGAUACCGCUGCGCAUAGCGGUAGUGUUGGCGACAUUUCCAUUAGUGUUCAACAGACAAACAGCCAGUUUGGCGGCCUAACCGCUGCCAUUGCGCUACAACAGCGUGUCAUCUUCACUCACGGCCAACUAGAUCCCUGGCGUGGUGUUGGCCUGCAAGAGGGUAAAAAUGUCAUUACCAUACCAGACUGUUCCCACACCGCUGACUUGGAUUCCAUAAAUUUCAACGAUUCCGUGGAAAUGAAUGUGGCGAAGUUGAAAGUCGCUGCUUUCCUGCGUAGUGUGCUAAGAAGAGCAGCAAACUGAAUGCCGUUUACAAGCAAAACAAAAAUAACAACAGUUAGGUGAAUACCCAAGGCAGUACCAUAACCCGUAUCACGUUCACUAAACU